CUCGUAACACAAGAGGGCGUAACACGUGUUGUAAGGCAUGAGUUGAUCGUUGGUUUGAAAACAAAUCCAACGUUUUGUUGCAGUUUUGGUCAUAACUAGUGUUGUGUCCGACGAUGUCCUCUAAGUUUGAGUGCUAUGUGACCAUCAAUAAGAAGAAGUGGACGAUUGUCAUCAACAAGAAGAUCAAUUGUGUCAACUUUGGUGAUGUCUAUCGACAAAUAUGUAAGACAUGUGAUCCCAAACUCAACAUUUCUCACGAGACACACGUCUUCGAGAUGUUUGACGGCGACCACUUCAAGCCGUUGACCAGUUUCGGGGCACCAAUCAAAUGUUUGGCCAGAAUUCGAGUAAAUUUACCGCCAGAUGUCGAUAAAGACAAAGACCAGUCAACUGAAAGAAUCGAUAAUAUAGACAACAAUUCACGUGCGAAACGACACAAAUCAGAUGAUAAUAGGGAUAAAAGUGGUCAACAAUUUGUCUCAUCAUUUAAACCAUCAAACGAUGCGACGACCAGUGGAUCGUCUGUACAGACAACACAUCAUUCAAACAAUGAGUACAAGAAGUCUAAACACAGCAGCAGUUAUAAGAAAGAGUCGGAUCGCGAGUCCAGACGUAAGGAAUCACACAAUGCUUUUAAAAACGAAGGAAUUGUUGUUAAAGAAGAGAAAACUUGUUGUGAAUUGUGUGGCAAAACGUUUACCACAAUGACUGACGCCGUCAAACAUAUCCAGAGCUUUGAACAUAUGAAGAACAAACGUGAAGACAGUUUUGAUGAAAUCGAUAAACAGUUUUUGGCUGAAAUCAGAGACAAGAAGGAUAUUCGUUGUUUACUGAGUCGAAAGCAAGAGUUGAGUAAAUUUGGGGAAAAAGAGAAACGAAUUUUUAUAAAACACGGCAUUCGUCUGAAGGAUGGCAUCGGUUCCCAGUCUUAUGUAUGCAUCCGAUGCGACCAAUCAUUUCAUGACUCACUCCAAAUGGUUCAACAUUUCAAUCAUUACAUCAAUCAGAAACCAAUGCCAACCAAUGAGUCUAUUAAUGAGUGUCCGACUAGUGAUAAAAGGACAGCAAAGAAUGUUACAAAUAGUGACGAUAUUAGUGACACUAAAAUUGUUGAUUUUAAAGUACCCGAAGACGUGGCCGACAAAGUUAAACAAUUAGAAAGACAGGGCUUUCAAGUGAUACCUAAAAGUAAGCAUAAGUUUGUAAUGAAGUGUCGUUUCUGUGAUUUCUAUACCAAAAGCAUAUCGAAGUCAUUCAAACACAUCGAGAGUGAAGAACACAUCAAAUGGAAGACUGAAAUGCCAUUCAAAGGAAUCGAUCGAUUGAUUGUUACAGAAUCGUCAAACAGUUCCGAAAUCGAUUGUCUUUUGGCCCGAAUUGAAGCCAUUCGUGAGAUUCCCUAUACAGUGAAGGAAGAGUUCUUGAGUCACGGCAUGAAAGUGAAGGAUGGUUUGGGUGCCAAUGCUUAUGUCUGUACCAAAUGCAACGUCUUGUUUGAAAGAUUAAGUGACUCGAUUCGAUCGCCGAUGAGUUGGACAUUGAAAAGAGUGCCGAUUUUGAGCUAUUUAUCAAACAAUUGGAAAGUAAUUGUGAGUCAAUCGAUUCAAUUCUUCGCAAUGAAGGUAUCAAAUACAAGAAAUGUGAUAAAUCUGUUCACAAACACUUGUCUGUCGAUUGUGAUGAAGAGAUUCCUGACAUUUAUUAUCACUGUUUGUUCUGUAACACCAAUUUCUAUAGUAAAGAGACGGCAUUAUAUCACGUGAACCGUUCAUUUCAUAAAAAGAUCCGAAGGGGAGAGUAUAUGACUCCCAUUGAGGC